AUGAAGGAUCCAGGUGGUGAUGGAAAUAUUCGUUGGCGUAGAGCUGUGUCUACCAACUUAGUAAAACAAAACAUAUUGGUCCCCAAAGAGGAAUCAUCCAGUGAGAGUGACAUGGAAUUUCAUGAAAGCCAGCAAAAUCAGAAAAGAAAUUUGGUGAAGAGAGUGAAGACUGUUUUCGGGAGGAUGCUGUCACACAAGUACAGAAGCCAGCCAGCAAGUGUCCACAGAGAGGGUUCCACUAACCAUAAGGAAGCCCUCCUUUCAAACACGCAGAGUCUUCUUCCUAGAAAUGUCAAGGAGCUUCCAUCGCCCAAGUUAUUCACCAAACCGAGAAUGAGAAAGCUCUCACAGAAUGCAACUAUACAACUUGACAUUGUAGAAGCAGAGACAGAGGAGAUAACCCAAGGAAGUACACCCCUUCGAGCCAGGAGAACCGCCAAGCGGCUAUCUGUGACAUCCCUUCCCACAGGACUGCAGAAGGUUCCGCAUUCAUCAAAAAAGAGACCACACUUUUCAGCAUUAAAAAAAAAGAAACAUAGCAUGGAACACAUCCUCCGAAAAUCAGAUUUGACAGUAGGAAAGCUUCAAAUGCAGGUGGAUGACCUCAUAGAAACAGUGACAGAUAAAUCCAUGAAGCUAUUGGCCCAAAGACACGCUGAGCUUCAACAGUGUGAGUUUCUAGGGGAUGAAAUUCUUCAGUCUUCCAAGCAGUUCCAGAGGAUAUCCAAGAGAACCAUGAGGAAGUAUAAACUGAAAAAUGUGUGUUUCCCAUGUACCCGGUGCUGCUUCUGA